GCCUCACACAUAUAAAUAUCAACCUGGAUCACGCUCAAUUUUGCUAUUGUAAACCUUGAAAUUCGACAACAAACAUUUCUUUGAUACUGAAUUGCUUAUUCCUGUCAUUUGUUCAAAAUGGUCCAACUCUCUUCGCUCGCGUAUGGCGCCCUUAUUACCACUGUCGCAUCCGCAUAUGUGACUGGUCGCCAGGCGCCGCAGAGCAUCAACAAUGCCUUCAAGGCACAUGGCAAGAAGUAUUUCGGAACCAUUGCGGAGGGUCAAUCAUUGCAGAAUAGCCAGAAUGAGGCUAUCAUUGCUGCUGAUUUCAGCGCCCUGACUCCCGAGAAUAGCCUGAAGUGGGAUGCAACCGAGCCUUCGCAGGGUAGCUUCAGUUUCAGCGGAUCUGACGCUGUUGUCAACUACGCGCAGCAACAUGAGAAGCUUAUGCGAGGACAUACCCUUGUUUGGCACUCUCAGCUCCCACAAUGGGUUCAGCAGAUCAAUGAUCCCAACACUCUUACCAAGGUUAUUCAGGACCAUGUCACCAAGGUCAUGACCCAAUACAAAGGGAAGAUCUACGCCUGGGAUGUGGUGAAUGAAAUCUUCGCUGAGGAUGGAUCCCUUCGCGACAGCGUGUUCUCAAAGGUUCUUGGUGAAGACUUUGUCCGAAUCGCCUUUGAAGCUGCUCGUGCCGCUGAUCCCAACGCCAAGCUGUACAUCAAUGACUACAACCUGGAUUCCGCUUCCUACGCCAAGACUCAGGGAUUUGUGAGCAAGGUUAAAAAGUGGAUUGCUGCAGGAAUUCCUAUUGAUGGAAUCGGCUCUCAAUCUCACUACAGCUCUGGGGGAUUCCCAACUUCAGGAACCCAGGACGCCCUGAAGGCCCUUGCGUCCACUGGUGUCUCGGAAUUGGCUAUUACCGAACUUGACAUUGCAGGAGCCGGCUCCAACGACUACGUGAAUGUUGUCAAUGCGUGCUUGAAUGUACCCAAGUGUAUCGGUAUCACUGUUUGGGGUGUCUCUGACAAGGACUCAUGGCGCUCGGAUGAGAGCCCAUUGUUGUUCGAUGGCAACUACCAAGCUAAGGAUGCCUAUGGAGCUAUCCUUGCUGCGCUGUAAACCAGCCCCGUCUUUCAACUCUUCCACCGCAGGCGAUGUGAGAAAUGGAAGCCUGUGUAGAAAAUAUGGAAUUCGAUAUUUCAUAGAAGAAGCCGGCAGCUAGCCAUUGUACUCGUACAAAUCGAGAGAUAUGUAAUGUGCGAACCAAUCGAAUUUGACUAUGUGUAAGCUAGGAGAAAUCCCCA